AGAGGGAGCAAAGCAUGCUGGGAAUACCAAACCCUGCGCUCUGCAGGUGGUCCUCAAGAACUCCGGGACCAAGAUCCCUCUUAUACCAGGAAAACCAGUGACUUUCCCACGGGAGUCUGGAAUGAUCUGUAAAGUGGAUGGUGCCUUAUCCUGCUGGCCCAUGUGAGGACCAUCCCUGUCAAACCCCAUCGCCUUCUACCCACAGUGCCUUCUAUCUCCUGUACCUUCCAUCUACAGUACCUUCCAUCUACAGUACCUUCCAUCUACAGUACCUUCUAUCUACAGUACCUUUUUACAGUACAGUACCUUCUAUCUACAGUACCUUCUACCCACAGUGCCUUCUACCCACAGUACCUUCCAUCUACAGUACCUUCUAUCUACUGUACCUUCCAUCUACAGUACCUUCUACCCACAGUGCCUUCUAUCUACUGUACCUUCCAUCUACAGUACCUUCCAUCUACAGUACCUUCCAUCUACAGUACCUUCUAUCCACAGUGCCUUCUAUCUACUGUACCUUCCAUCUACAGUACCUUCCAUCUACAGUACCUUCCAUCUACAGUACCUUCUACCCACAGUACCUUCCAUCUACAGUACCUUCUACCCACAGUACCUUCCAUCUACAGUACCUUCCAUCUACAGUACCUUCUACCCACAGUACCUUCUACCCACAGUACCUUCUACCCACAGUACCUUCCAUCUACAGUACCUUCUACCCACAGUACCUUCUACCCACAGUACCUUCCAUCUACAGUACCUUCCAUCUACAGUACCUUCUAUCUACAGUGCCUUACCUUCUAUCUACUGUAUUUUCUAUCUACAGUACCUUCUAUCUACAGUACCUUCUAUCUACAGUACCUUCUAUCUACAGUACCUUACCUUCUAUCUACUGUACCUUCUAUAUACAGUACCUUCCAACUACUGUACCUUCUAUCUACAGUACCUUACCUUCUAUCUACAGUACCUUCUAUCUACUGUACCUUUCUACAGUACCUUCUAUCUACAGUACAGUGCCGUCUAUCUACAGUACAGUAUCUUCUAUAUACUGUACCUUUCUACAGUACAGUGCCUUCUAUCUACAGUACCUUCUAUCUACAGUACAGUACCUUCUAUCCACAGUACCUUCUAUCUACUGUACCUUUCUACAGGACAGCACCUUCUAUCUACUGUACAGUACAAUCUAUCUACAGUACCUUCUAAUUACAGUACAGUACCUUCUAUCUACAGUACCUUCUAUCUACAGUACCUUCUAUCUACAGUACCUUCUAAUUACAGUACAGUGCCUUCUAUCCACAGUGCCUUCUAUCCACAGUACCUUCUAUCUACAGUACCUUCCAACUACUGUACCUUCUAUCUACUGUACCUUCUAUCUACAGUACCUUCCAACUACUGUACCUUCUAUCUACAGUACUUUACCUUCUAUCUACAGUACCUUCUAUCUACAAUACCUUCCAACUACUGUACCUUCUAUCUACAGUACCUUCUAUCUACAGUACCUUACCUUCUAUAUACCUUACCUUCUAUCUACUGUACCUUCUAUCUACAGUACCUUCUAUCCACAGUACCUUCUAUCUACAGUACCUUCUAAUUACAGUACAGUGCCUUCUAUCCACAGUGCCUUCUAUCCACAGUACCUUCUAUCUACAGUACAGUACCUUCUAUCUACAGUACUUUCUAUUUUUACAGUACAGUACCUUCUAAUUACAGUACAGUGCCUUCUAUCCACAGUACCUUCUAUCUACAGUACAGUACCUUCUAUCUACAGUACAGUACCUUCUAUCUACAGUACAGUGCCUUCUAUCCACAGUACCUUCUAUCUACAGUACCUUCUAAUUAUACAGUACAGUACCUUCAGAAAGUAUUCACACCCCCCUGACUUUUACCACAUUUUGUUGUGUUACAAAGUGGGAUUAAAAUGGAUUAAAAUGGAUUAAAAUGCCUUUUUUGUUGUUGUAAACGAUCUAUACAAAAUACUCAAAUACAUUUAUGGAAAAUUAAAACACUACUGUAUCUUGACUAGAUAAGUAUUCAACAUCCUGAGUCAACACGUUACAAUCACCUUUGGCAGCAAUGAGUCUUUCUGGGUAAAUUGGUAAAGCUUUACACGUCUGGAUUGUACAAUAUUUUUCCAUUAUACUUCCAAAAAUUCUUCAUGCGUUGUCAAUUUCGUCGUUAAUCAUUGCUAGACUGCCAUUUUCAAGUCUUGCCAUAGAUUUUCAAGUAAGUCAAAACUGUAACUAGGCCACUCAGUAACAUUUCAAUGUGCUCUUGGUAAGCAACUCCAGUGUAUAUUUGCAGACUGAACCAAGUUUUCCUCUAGGAUUUUGCCGGGGGCUUAGCUCUAUUACGUUUAUUUUUAUCCUGAAAAACUCCCUAGUCCUUGCCGAUGACAAGCAUAUCUAUAACAUGAUGCAGCCACCACCAUGCUUGAAAAUAUGAAGAGUGGUACUCAGUGUCGUGUUGGAUUUGCACCGAACAUAAUUUCUGUGCCACAUUUUUUUUUGCAGUAUUGCUUUAUUGCCUUGUUUGCCAACAGGAUGCAUGUUUUGGAAAAUGUUUAUUCUGUACAGGUUUCCUUCUUUUCAUUCUGUCAUUUAUGUUAGUAUUGUGGAGUAACUACAAAGUUGUUGAUCCAUCCUCAGUUUUCUCCUAUCACAGCCAUUAAACUCUGUAACUGUUUUAAAGUCACCAUUGGCCUCAUGGUGAUAUCCCUGAGCGGUUUCCUUCCUCUCCGGCAACUGAGUUAGGAAGGACGCCUGUAUCUCUGUAGUGACUGGGUGUAUUGAUACACCAUCCAAAGUGUAAUUAAUAACUUCACCCUGCUCAAAGGGAUAUUCAGUGUCUGCUUCUUCUUUUUUUACCCAUCUGCCAAUAGGUGCCCUUCUUUGCGAACCAUUGGAAAACCUCCCUGGUAACAUAAUUCCACUUUGACAUUACGGAGGAUUGUGUGUAGAUCAGUGACACAAAAUCUCAAUUUAUUUCAUUUUAAAUCCAGGGUGUAACACAACAAAAUGUGGGAAAGGUCAAGGGGUGUGAAUACUUCCUGAAGGCCCUGAACCUAUAUGUCAUUAUGUGAGUCCCAAAUGGCAUCCUAUUCCCUUUAUAAAGUAAGUAGCCUUGUCUGAACCAGAAUGUCCCAUAGGGCAGGAGCCUGUCUCCUGUUUCUGUAGCGUGAGGCAGCUUGAUGUACAACACCCCCUGGAAAGGACGCUAGCCUAUCGCAGGGCCCAUAGCCCAAAGUAACGCACAAUAGACUGCCAUUUGGGGCUCAUUGUUAUUUCUGGUUUAUUCAUGCACUGGAAAUUAUUUUGUGUUUUAAGAAGGAUUUCAUCUAUUGUGCUUAAACCAUGUAUUUAGUGUGACUUGAUUUGUCAUUCACAUCUCAGUAAAUGUACUGUAUGUUUGUAGAGAUGGAUCAAAUGUCUUUUUAUACUGAUACUUAAAGCUGCAAUAAAAUAUACAUUUGGUAUGAGAACAUUUUA